CCGCUGUCGAUGAACAUUCUUGUUCCAAAUUCUGGGUUGGUGAAGUGGACUUGCUCGGGGAUUGGGAUGUCGUUUCCAUUGCUGUUCAUUAUGAUAUUGUUGAUGUUGCUGAUCAGUUGUAUAACAGUGGUACUGGGUUACCUCGUUUAGCUUAUCUCCCAUUUAAGGUGUCUGGCGAUUUCACUAAAGAGCCUCAUGACUUUGUGCGUGCAGCGCUCAAUUUUGCCAUUGGUUCUUCAUCAACAGAUCGUUACUUCUAA